UACAUUAAAAUAUUUUGCAAAUUUAAUAAUUGCUUAAUGGGAAAAUUAAAAGAGAAAACAACAUCAACUUCUGGAUCACCAGUCAAAGGCCAUCAAUAUCAAUCUACAAGUCAAGCUGAGUCACUUCAAAAAACAAAAAAGAGGAAACACGAGGGCGUUUCUACUGAUAACAACAAUUUAAUCCCUUCUACAAGUGCAAUUAAGCAACCUAAGAAAGAACCAGAAGUCGUCGAAUGCUUGGAUUCUGAUGAUGAGGAGCCUGAUGGUUCUGUAACUUCAAAUACUCCGACAGUCAAUGUUAUGCCGAAGGAUAUGUAUUGCUUUUGCAAGGUUAUUUUUUAA